AUGUCUUCGCAAGCCUCAAAGGAUCACCUAGAAGGCCAGAAGUCCCCACUGUUAGUUGAUGACCACACUGUAGUUACUGUCAGAGAAUCAAAAAUUCUAGUUCUUCUAAGGGGCCUUCCUGGGAGUGGAAAGACAACAACACUGGCAAAAGAAAUUGAGCAAAAAUAUAAAGAAACAUCACGUCUCAUCUCUGCUGACCAAUAUGAAAUCAAACCGGUAAUUAGGAGUUCUAGUGGAGGAGAUUACACUAAAUUGGAUGACGAAUUAACAACUUGCUUUGAAAGGCGUGAAGCCAGUCUGGUUAUCCUUGAUGAUACACACCAUGAUCAUGAGCGCCUUGACGAGUUGUUUGAUUUGGCCAACAAGUACCAUUUCACUGUAGUUGUCCUGGAACCCAAGACACCUUGGAGACUGGAUUGUGCACAGUUGAAAGAUCGAAACCACUGGAAGUUAUCAUUAGAAGAGCUUAAGAACCUAAGGCCCUCCCUGGAAAAAGAUCUGCUUCCUCUGUACUUUGGAUGGUUCCUAGCUAAGCGGGAUGAGGAUUCCCUGAGGAAGACCAGCCAUGAAUUUCUGGAACAGCUGGGAAAUUUAAAGGCCUUUAAAAAACGUUUACAAGCAUAUGGUUAUGAAGAUAAACACAAGUUGGAUCUUUUGAAACAUUUUGCCAAAACGCCUAAUAUACUGCACUGUACAUCCAAAUUCUGUGACUAUGGGAAGGCUGCAGGUUCAGAAGAGUAUGCCCGCCAAGAGGUUGUGAAGAAGAGCUACUCCAAAGGGUACACCCUGCAUAUCACAGCUCUGUUUGCCACCCCCAGGACAGUGGGAGCAAGAUUAGAACUCACAGAAGAGCAGCUCUUACUCUGGCCUCUGGAUGCUGAGAGAGAAGUGAUGCCCAAGGAUACAUUCCCCCGGGGAAGCCGUGCCCACGUCACCCUGGGCACUGCAGCUGAGGUCCAGGAUGUUCAAACUGGUAUUGACCUUCUGGAGUUUAUAAAGCUACAGCAAGCUGGCAGGGAGGGGGAGAGUUUGGGUGAGCUGACCGGGUCAGUUGCUGGUAAAGUCUCCUACUUUGAUAAUGGCUUGUGGAUGGUAAACCUGUCCAGAAAGAUUGAAGUGAAGUCCAUCUUUUCUGGUUACUAUGGCAAACCAGGUGUCAAUGUCCCCCUGCGUGGUAGCAAAAAGGGUUUAUUACAUCAGUGUCACAUUAUGUGA